AUGGGCUAUGUGGGUGGUUCUGGUCCAUCCCCACCAACCACUCAAACCGCGUCCCAUUCCUUCUGGAUUCAUCAAGACCAACUUUUCCUCCAUGCUAUUCUUGCAUCAGUUUCACCACAAGUCAUCUCUCUUAUUGCCUCUGCUAAGACUUCCAAAGAGGCUUGGGACAAGUUGCUCCAUCUAAUUGCUAGCAAAGCAGGUGCUCGUGUUCUUGGUCUCAAGGAACGCCUUACUCUAAUGCGUCAUGAGAAUAAGCUCGUCUCUCAGUACUUGCAAGAUGUUAAGGUUAUCUCCGACGAACUUGCCAUCAUAGACAUCCCUCUUUUCGAUGAUGAUCUUCCCUUUUAUAGUCUUAAUGGUGUUGGUUCUGAAUUUAAGGAGAUUGUUGCUAUCGUUAGUUCCCAUGACUCCUCUACUUUAUUUGAAAAUCUUCAUGAUAUGUUGGUUGAACAUGAAACUGCCCUCACACGUGCCGACAUCGUUGUUGUGGCACCUGUCAUCACUGCCAAUGUCACUCAAAGCUCCCAACGAACCAACACCCAUCGUGGUUUUUUCUCCAACAACUCCAAUUAA